GUUUUAUGGCCGCCGUUUUGCAGGAGACACUGGAAGAUAUCAAAAUAGUGAAAGGGAUAAUUUGAAGUACGAGAGAGAUUCGUAUACGGAUCAAGAUAGGUUUCCAAGCCACGACGAGAGGCACAGAUCCGAAACCGAUCUUAGUUAUGACUCACGAUUUGAUAGCUAUCCUAGGAACAACGACAGGUUUCAUAGGGAAGAAAGGAGACAUGAAAUUGAUCGUCGGAGACGAGUAGAUCAUCGGGAUGCUGGAAGAUAUCGUCAUCCACACUACGAUGGAAGUUACGAGAAACCUGCAAAUUACAGAGAAAGAGACGAUAGGAAUAACAGCAGAAUGCAUAAUAGAACAGAACUCCGAGUCGAGAUUAUAGAUGGAAAUAGGAAUACUGGAACAACAAAGAGUAUUGAUAAGCCCAGAGAAACCUAG